AUGAAGGGACUUUUCGGACGAAAGAAAAACGACAGAGAAUACUACGGCAGCGACCAUGCCAGCUAUGCCGGAGGCUCUCAGACUACACCAGAGAACCAUGGGCCCACUCCAGGACCUCCUCCUGGGCCUCCUCCUGCAUCUCAACAGCAGCAGCCUAUGGGUGCCCCACCACCACCCGGACCUCCUCCUGCUCAGAGCUCGGGUAGCCGGUCCGAUGCCCCCAAAAUGCUCAAUGUGCGAAACAACGAUGUAAUGCAUGAACGAUUCGUCAUUGUCCAUGGUAACGCUGGACCCAAGGGACUGGAUGCUAUCAACUGCGGAAACGUUGUCGUGACCCACCACCUCAAUGAGUUUCCCUCUCAGCGGUUCCCCGUCGCCGACAACUACUUCAAGGCGUUUGUGCAUCUUGCUCCCGGCCCCAACCAGCUUUGUGUGACCUACGAAUACCCCGACAAUCGACAGCCAGUGUCUACCUCAUUGACACUCAUCUACACGCCGCUGCUGCAGGACCCACCUCUUCACCUGUGCCUAAUUCUGGGCCGAGACUCCAAGGGUGAAUUCCAGAGCCAGAGCUACAAGAAGCAGAUCGAGGGUAACUCUCUUGACCUAGCUGUCAAGAAGAUGCGAAUGGCUGGAUACAUGAUGAGUGCCUUUACCAACGAAAUCAUGCUACGAAACGGCUUUGGAAACCGAACUUUCCGGUUCCACGAGGAAUGGGACGUUGAUACUCUCAGUAACCGAGAGAGCAAGACAUGUAGGAGCACCAUUAAAGUACACAUUGUGCGCAGCGAGCUUUCUGUGGCCGAGAUCAACUCCCCAGAUUACGCCCAGCAAAACAGCAGCGGCAAGGACACUGGCAAGCUCUUCAAUAUUGCGUACGACGCUCUUAAGCGACACGGUCUGCCAUUCACCCAGGAUGAGGUUGAACACCGAGCUGCUUGUGUUUUCGUUGACUCUGAAUGGAACAUCAAGCGACAACUCAUUACCGGACACGCUGCUCUGGGAGGAGGCAUUUCCAACGUUCGACUUGCCAUUUUCGGAGGCCAUGCCCUCUGGACCUGGCCCUCUUGUGUGGAGGAGAUGGUUCCUGCUCUUCUUGACAACACUAUGGUGGAUGUUCGAGAAGUCGCGAACGACUCUCGACAGAGCGGAAGUGCAUGGGAGGCACUCAACGUCUCCCAGGGAGCGUUUAUGCACGAGAUCGGUCACCUGUUGGGCUGCCCCCAUCAGCCCGAUGGUAUCAUGCUAAGAGGCUACCUCACUUGGAACCGAUCAUUCCUGGCAAAGGAGGUCACCCUAGGAAAGGGAUUCCAUCGACCUUGCCUCCCCGCAGACGAGUGCUCCUGGCAUAGACUGGAUGCUCUGCGUUUCAGACAUCAUCCCUCUUUCCGACUGCCUCACGAACACUUCCCUGCCCCUGGCAAGCCCAACCUCUACCCUGUGGAGAAUGGUACUAUCGCCAAGGCCACUUCAGGCAUCUACCUGGUGGAGGUGCAUGUUGAGGAUUGGUGCCGAGGCCAUCUGGAGUUUGCUGAGGACCCUCAGCGAGAGGUUUUCUUGUUUGAACAUGAUCUGCGACAGGCCAUCAAGGACCCUCAAUACCGAGACCCCAAGAAGCCCAUGCGGCUGGAGAUUCUCAGUGUUGGUGGCCAGGUGACCAUUGACGAUUUCUCCAAGGCUCUCUGUGCACGUGAUCAGAACAACGCCUUCCAGUCUUACGAACUUGGAAACAAGAUUGGAGACGAGACAAAGGCAUACUUUGGCCAUCACAACCUUGUUGGAGUACGUCUUUAUGCCGGUGAUGCUGUUGACGGUGUGGAGUUCCUCACACAGGGAUCCUCUGUGCUUUUCGGUAAGAGGGGCGGUAAGAUGACCGAGACAAUCUUUGAACCUGGAGAGCACAUUGUGGGAUUCUUCGUGCGAGCAGGUUACUGGCUCGACGCUAUUCAGCUCAUUACUAACCGACGACGAUCUGCCCUGGUUGGUAAGACUGGCGGAGGUGACCCUCAUGAGCUGAUUCCUCCAACUGGAUACAGGUUGGUUGGUAUGCACGGUCAUAUGGUCAACUGGCUGUACGGUAUUGGUGUUGUCUAUGAGGCCAUUCAGUAG